UUAGAGAAGGAUAAUUAAUCAUGAAACUCUUAGAAAAAAUUACUUAUGUAGAAUGUUUUAUGUUAAUUAUGGUGACAUGGUUUGUGUCCAUGAGUCAUGGUGAGAAUGGUAAAGUAGCCGAAGCACCACUAGGCAACCCAACCAACGGGCUCGACACUUCUUGGUAUGACGCUCGAGCCACAUUUUACGGUGAUAUCCAUGGUGGAGGCACUCUAGAAGGAGCUUGUGGAUACGGUAACAAACCAACGUAUGGUCUAGCCACAGCAGCAUUGAGCACGGUGCUUUUCAACAACGGGUACACUUGCGGAGCUUGUUACGAGAUCAUGUGUACACGUUCGCCACAAUGGUGUUUGCCCGGAUCCAUCAAGAUCACAGCGACAAAUUUCUGUCCACCAGAUUCUGCUUGGUGCAACGCGCCAAACAAACACUUUGAUCUUUCCCAACCAAUGUUCCUCAAGAUCGCUCAGUACAAAGCCGGGAUUGUCCCGAUUAGAUACAGGCGUGUUCCUUGUUCGAGAGCUGGUGGUGUCAAGUUUGAAACCAAAGGAAACCCUAAUUUCUUAAUGAUCUUGGCGUAUAAUGUAGGAGGAGCCGGUGAUAUUAAGUACGCCCAAGUUAAGGGAAGCAAAACCGGGUGGAUAACAAUGGCAAGAAACUGGGGACAAAACUGGAGCACUAGUGUUGUUCCGACUGGUCAGAGCUUAUCAUUGAGAGUUACGACGAGUGAUGGUGUUACAAAGGACUUUAUUAAUGUGAUGCCAUCAAAUUGGGGAUUUGGACAAACUUUUGAUGGGAAGACUAACUUUUAAGAAUAAUGAUAUGAAAUUUUUUUCAAGUUGUGGCUUAUACAACUAAGAGAUGUAUUGGUUGCAAUAAUUAAAUAUAAAUGAGA